AUGAGGCUCACAUCCCUCGUCCUUGGCUUGGCCGCUUUUGCCGGUGCCUCUCCAUCCAAGAUCCUAGAGGCACGCCAGUCUGUCGGAGACGGUCCCUUCGGCCCAGCUGGCUUCCAAACCCACUCCAGCCUGCCCCGGCACACCAUCUACCGGCCCAACAACGCCGCCGCGGCGGGCGCCAUGCCCGUCUUCGUCUGGGGCAACGGGGCCUGCUCGGGCGACGGCACGUCUGCACGCAACUUCCUGGCCCAGAUCGCCUCGUACGGCUUCCUGGUCGUAUCCCAGGGCACGCCCGGCGGCGGCGGCUCGACGACCGUCGACCAGAUGCGCGAGGCCGUCGCCUGGGCCGCCAACGGCGCGGGCGGCGCCUUCAACGUCGACCGCACAAAGAUCAUGACCGCUGGCUAUAGCUGCGGCGGCACCGAGGCGUACGCCUUCAUCGACGACGCGCGCGUCUCGUCUAUUGGCAUCUUCAACAGUGGCAUGCUGGGCAACUAUGACCUGGCCAAGACUAUCCGUAAGCCGGUCCUUAUUGCUCUUGGUGGGCCGUCUGAUAUGGCUUACCCGAAUGGAGAGCGCGACUACAACAACAUCCCCGCCAGCACGCCCACCUGGAAGGGCAACCUGAAUCGGGUCGGGCACGGCGGCACCUACGGCGAGGCCAACGGCGGGCUGUACGCCAAGGCGACCUACAAGUGGCUGCAGUGGCAGUUCAAGGGAGACGCGAGCGCCGGUGCCUACUUUGUCGGAAACGCGGCCCUGUCCGACGGCUGGAACAACAUCGCCAGCAAGAGCAUCAACGUCGGAGGCACGACGCCCGGCAACCCUCCCCCGACCACGACCAACCCUCCACCCUCGACCAACUGUGCUGACUUGUACGGUCAGUGUGGAGGCAGCGGCUGGUCUGGCCCAACUUGCUGUAGCCAGGGUACCUGUCGGGUUUCUAACCAGUGGUACUCUCAGUGCCUGUAG